GCUAGCAGCCGGUUGGUGAUAUAAGUGGCCGGGUGCCGGGGAAGAGAGGAGGAGGAGAGAAUAAGCAAACGAGCUAGCUAGCCAGAGAGGGUCGUCGUCCUGCAAGAGAGUGAACAUCUCGUCGAUCGAUCACGUACGAGCGUGCGAGGAUGCAGGGCGAUGUGGCGGGCGGUGAUCAGCAGCCGAUGCAGAUGGUGCUGCGGGUGAAGCACCCGUCGUCUCUCUCCUCCUCCGAGGAGGGAGCGGGGGAAGGGGAAGGGUCGUCCAGGUCGGCGCUGUCGGUGUUCAAGGCCAAGGAGGAGCAGAUCGAGAGGAAGAAGAUGGAGGUCAGGGAGAAGGUCUUCGCGCAGCUCGGACGCGUCGAGGAGGAAUCCAAGCGCCUCGCAUUCAUAAGACAGGAGCUGGAAGGGAUGGCGGAUCCUACCCGGAAGGAGGUCGAAUCUAUACAGAGGCGGAUCGACACAGUUAACCGCCAGCUCAAGCCUCUUAGUAAGAACUGCGUCAAGAAGGAGAAAGAAUACAAAGAGAUUCUUGAGGCUUACAACGAGAAGAGCAAGGAGAAGGCGCUACUUGUCAACAGGCUAAUAGAGCUGGUGAGCGAAAGCGAGAGGAUGAGGAUGAAGAAGCUUGAAGAGCUGAAUAAGACAGUCGAUUCGCUCUACUAGACAGACGUCAGUUAAUGUUAAUCGCCCUGGCCUGCCGGGAGCUUAAUUCCUCUGUGCAAUCUCCGUCCCAUGGAUUUGUUCAUGUUCAUGCAUGUAUGUGAUCUGUGUCAGCUUAUUGUAACUUUCGAUGUCGUGAGCGAUUCUUGUUGAUUUUCCGUUUCUUCUGAUUAA